AUGAGUUCUGCAUCAAAACGACAAAGAGCAAAUCACGAUAGGAUCAGUGGGUUGCCAGAGCCAGUUCUGUGUCAUAUUUUGUCAUUUCUUGAUACCGUUGAUGCAGUUAAAAACAGCAUUUUGUCCAGGAUAUGGAGACACACCUGGACCUCAGUUGGUGAUCUCGAAUUUCAUGAUUCGUUGUGUCCUAACAGAAGGUCUAAAAGAGCUAAACUAGCACAUAUGAAAUCCUUUGUGGAUUUUAUGAACAGGGUUCUGAUGCUCCAUAAACACCCCUACAUCGAGAGGUUGAGUCCUACACUGAAUAAUGCAUAUUCUACUUCUGACAUAAACUCAUGGAUAUCGGCUGCAGUAACACAUAAUGUUGAGGAGCUUACUCUUUCCAUCCGAAUUGAAUGUACUCUUCAGCUUCCUAAAAUUCUUUUUACUUGUGAAUCUUUAAAGGUUAUGAAGAUUGAUUCUAGAAUUGAAUCCUUAAAGUUUCUAAAGCUUUAUUCUAGAAUUGAGGUCAAGAUUCCAAAAUUUGUAUGUCUUCCGAGUCUCAAGGUCAUACAUCUUGAAUCUCUCCAUUAUUCUAGUGUGAAGAGGCUAUCAUCUAGCUGCAAAGUUCUUGAAGGAUUGAUAAUCAAGGGAUAUUCUGAGAAUCUCAUUGAUUACAGUUCUCGACGCUUUGAUAUUGAGGUUAAAAAUUUACGCUCAGUAGUUGAAGCAACUCUUGAUCUUUGGUCGAUAUAUGACAUUGCCCCUGAAACAUUUAGGGCUCAGAUGGCUCAGAUUCUGAGAAUCUCAGCAAAUCUAAAAGUCCUAAUAAUUGAUAAGAGUUCUUGUCACCCAAUUCCUUGUGAGGCUUUGGAUGAGGAACAAUCUGUGCCUCGGUGCUUGACAUCAUCUCUUGAGAGAUUUGAAUUCGCACGAUUUAGUGGUGGUGCAGAAGAUAUGGGAAUGCUGGAAUAUAUCCUGGGAAGUGCAAAGAUACUGAAGACAACAGAAUCUCAACUCAGUUUAAGUAUUAUGAUAGGCAAGAAUCUGAACAAGAGCUUCUGA